ACUAAGCGCUGAACAGGCGAGAAUCGAUAAGAAAAUAAAGAGAGUUUACCGACUACUGAGUUGUUGAAUUUUUGAAUUCUUUUUUAAAAAAAACAGUAUGAGACCGGGAACAGAACCGGAAAAAGAACUCGAAGAAAGGGAAGUUUACCAUCUUAUUCAACGAGCAACGGAAACUUCCUUGGCAAACGCUCUACAUUUAAUAAGAUAUCAACUCUCUUCUAGCGAGAUUAGACAACGUUCGAAAAAAGACUCUGGAUCACUGUUGCAUGUUGCGGUUGAUGUUGUACCGCAUGUGGUUAGGAGAACUGGUGAUGCUGCUGCUCUUAUACCAAUUUUAUAUGCCCUUGCCUUAAGGGGUGUAAUUGUUAAUGCUCAAAAUUUUCAUGGUAAUACAGCAUUGCACUUGGCCUGUAUUAGACAGGAAGGUGAACGACUUUGCGAACAUUUAAUAAGAAUUGGUGUUGAUCCCAUGAUUGUUAAUCAGAAAGGAUGUAGAGUAAUUCAUACUUACCGUAAUCAUCAAUGCGUUCUGGUAAAAGGUCAAACAAGUGCCAAAUGUGGUUUAUGGAAAGCUGUUGAGAAAGAAGAUGUCGAGCUAACUUCAAAACUAUUAAAAUCAUGGUGUAGAAUUCGUAUAAGAAAGAAUAAAACACUUCGAGAUAUUUGCGAUGAAACUUGUAAUAUGAAAAUUGAUCAACUAUUGAAUGAAUACGAGUACAUGAAUGAGGUUAUAUGUUCAGCCUAUGCACUAGAUCAUGAAAAAGUUGCCGAAAUGCUUAAAACAAGACUGGUUAAACUAGAUCAGGCCGAUGAAUCUAAAGUACCACCUACUCCUCUUCUAGUCGGUUUGUCGUCUCUUGGACAAAGAUCGGAUAAAACUAUCAAAGUAUUACAGCAAUAUGGCGUCAGUAUACCCUCUUGGUAUCAUAUAGAAUUAUCUAAAAUCGCUUGUGGCAUAGAGGAAACUGAUUUUUAUAAUAAAUUAGAAACUGCAACUUCUGAAAGCCUGCAGCAAGCAUUAAAUCUUAUAAAAUCGAACUCAAUCAAUUUGAACCAAAUUGGCAAACGAGAUGAAACUAGAGGUUAUACGUUUUUGCACGUUAUCAUUAAGCUUUGUUCUAGCGAGAAAGAUAUGGAGAAAAGACGUAUAUAUAUUCGUAUGAUCUAUGCAUUAGCUAGAAUUGGUAUAGAUGUUAACGCUAGAAAUGCCGCUGGUGAUACGGCGUUAAUAUUAGCCGGUAAAAAAUCUGAUGAAGAAUUAAUGACCCAUUGUAUAAGAGUUGGAAUAGACCCUGCAAUAACAGCUUUGGACGGUAGCACUGUUAGUGAGCAGACUUACGAAGAUAGAGGGGCCUUAGUUUUCGGUAGGAAAUAUCGAAUACAAGAUCUACCUGGCUUAUGGGCUGCUGUGAGCCAAGGUGAUGUGAACAAAGCUAAACGAUGGCUAUCGUCUUGGUGUCGGGUCAAGGUUAAGAAAGGCGAUAGGUUUCUCAUUCAAGUUUGCGAAACAUCCGGUCACGAGGAAAUUCAUAAACUUUUAGAAAAAUUUGAACACGUUAACGAAUUUGUAUGUGCAACAUUUGCUUGCGAAGUAAAAGCUAUGAAAGAACUACUCGCUUUGGGUAAAGGUUCCUUCAAGGUCAAUACUAUGGACGAUUAUUUUCACGUAGGUCUUACUUGGGAUGGUCAUGCAGAAUUUUUACCUAGGCCAAUAGUAGUUGCUGCAUUAGAAUUAUGCAAUGCUGAGGUACUUGCUGAAUUGGUUAAGUUUGGCGCAGACUUAAGCAAAGAUUAUGCCGAAUGUUCACCCUGCGGACCUGUUGCUUUCUGGGCCUUUAGAGAUAAUGUCGACAAUGAAAACACCAUGGUUAUCGCCCAGAAUGCCAACCUGCAACUAAGAGAUGAACUAGGAGCAACCUUAUUGCACAGGGCAAUCAGCAAGAAAAGACGAGAUAAUACCUUAUUAGAUAUUGUUGAAGUACUACUCGAUAGAGGUAUCGACAUGGCAGCCCGCGAUGUUGAAGGAAGCACCGCAAGAGACUAUAUUGAUAUCUAUAAAGUAGAAGAUGGUUCAAAGUUAAACGGCUUAAUGGAUGCUCGUAUUAUGGAAUUGGUUAAUAAUGAUGAAUUCCAUGCAAUCGAACAGCUUUUAUUAGACGAUUACGAUAGAAUUUUACAAGCAAAAGGUGGAAAGAAAAGAAUUCAUACGGCUUUAGAAUUAGCCGAAUUACGUAACUUUAAAGAACUAGUCAUAUUACUAAAAGAUCUACCAAAAUAUCGAGCCGAAAUUGAUUUAUUACACGAAUGUGUCAAAACUGGAGAUUUACAAAUGAUAUCAAAGUUAGCAGGGGAGAAGAGAUGUGCAUUUGGUAGGGAUAAGGCUGGAAGAACUUUAUUGCAUAAUGCUGUAUUAUUCGAACAACCGGAAAUAGUCGAAUUCUUGUUGGAACAAUUUCCAUCACUAAUAAAUACCCAAGAUAGUAUUAAGAGAACACCGCUUCAUUAUUGCGUUUGCUUGAAAGACCGUCAUAAGAUUUGGCCAUUACUGCAAGACGCAGGUGCUGAUCCAAAUGCUAUAGAUGCUAAUAACAUGUCAGUUUACGAAUACGUAAGAGAUCAAGAGAAGCCUGUCCCUACGAAAGAUCGUCCUAGAGGAAGAAGAUGGAGGGAUUUUAGACCAGGUGAAGAUAUGAUUGUUAACGAAAGAGAAAAGCAGCACGGAGCAAGAGCAUCCGCUCAUUCAAUUGCUGCCACAAUCAAACCAAUGGUACCGGCUCAUUCAAUAUCCGAAAUUCGUUCUAUAACUGCAAAUUUGAGAUAUGGGUUUAAUCAUGAUGGAUUAGAUGGUGAACUAUUAAAACUAUGUAUUGAAAAUAGUAGAAUUGAAGUGGCCAGACACUUUUUUAAGGAUUGUUUGUGCGAUCCAACGGAAAGUGUUUCUGUUGUUGAAAGAAAUGAAGAAGGAGAAGAAGUUAUCGAUAAUAUUUCCUUAAUUGAACUGGCAAAAAAAUUUGGCGAUAACGAUAUGAUCAAAUUAAUCGAGGAUGAAUCAGAAUUGAAAAGACAAAUGUUGGAGAAGAGAAACAACACUCCAUCCGCUAAUGAAACUGAACAAAAACAAGAGGAAGAGGACGAUGAGAAAGUAAUAGAAGAAAAGAAAACUCCAGAAGUUGUUGAAUCUGAUACGAGACAAGAAGACAAAGAAAUGGAAAUGGAAAAAGAAAAUCAAAAUUCAAAAGACGAAAAGGAGGGUGAAAAAGAGGAAGAAAUAGAAAACCAUCAAAAAGAAUGAGAAGAGUGAAGAUAAAAAAAAAGAGUAGAGAACAUAAAAAAAUCAUUAUAAAAAGAACAAUAUAAAGAGUUUUCUUGUUUUUUAUUUCAAUUAUUCUUCAUAUUAUUUUUUUC